GUGUACCAAAGACACACUUUCUUUCUUUGCCUGUCACCUUGCACGAAAUCGAGUACGCUCGGUAGUUCCGCUUGCAAAAUUUGACACAUCACGGUAUUCUUUCAAUACCAAGAGAUCGCCAACAAAUAUAUCUUAUUGCAACCAUCAACAGCCUUCUGAUUUUUGGCCUACCAAAGGAUCUAACUCGAUACCUGGCACGUAAUCUUCCUUUAGUGGUGAUCAUAGUCAAUCGCGACUUGACGCCACCAACAAAUUUAUCAGAGCUUUUCAUGAGACCUUUGUAUUCGUUCACAGUAAUUGAUAAAAUAGUCAAUUGAUGCUAAGCAAAAGUGUAAAACUUUUAUUGAGGUUACCCAAUGUCAGGAUAAAAAUGAGCUCUUUUGAAUAUGGUCAACAAUCUACAAAUGUUACGGAUCUGUUUUUAAAUGGAUUAUUUUCAAACUAAAUCAACUUUUAAUAUAUAUUCUAAGCUUCUGUCCGUUGUUUGGUGCAUACUACUAUCAACAAGCGUGCACAUACUAAACAAAACUAUGGGUUUAGUUUCAAAACAUCGACAUUCAACAUGGUCAAUAGUUUAAAUGGUGAUCAAUAAAUCGUCGGAAAAUUGUACACAGUAUACUGAUUUUUAGAUAUCAGUAGUCUAUAGUUUGUUGACUUUUGACUUGUAGCACAAAGUGUACGGAUGUGUCUUUGAAGAAGCUUCUAAAGAUAAAUUCGUUUAUGCUAUAAUCAUUGAAAUAAAUCAAUGCAGUCAUUAUACCUUUUGGAUAAGUUAACAGUGGGAUCCAUGGUUCUAGUUACGUCCUGCUUUGCAACAAAUCAGCUUGAUGUAGCUGAGUCUUAACGUUGGGAACAUAAGAGUUGAUGGGUAUUUCAGGUCAUUAACCUAAUGGUUCAUGCGUCUAGGUUUAAAAUGACAGGAGUGAAAGUGAAUGUCAGCACUGAUACUCAGCGGACGAGUCUUAUAAAGAAUGAAACACGUGUCUUUAAUUCUACUACUACUACUACUACUACUACUACUACUACUACUACUACUACUACUACUACUACUACUACUACUACUACUACUACUACUACUACUACUACUACUACACAUUAUUAA